CACAUCAGUCAUAUAAGUUAGUCGGAGUUGUGAAUUGUACGGAAUUAAAAAUCCAUUAUGUCCCGCAUAAUGAUAAUAUUAUUCGCUUUUGGAUUAGCGAUAUUUGUUGCUGCAGACGUGUUUGUACUUUCUGAUUGUCUUUGUGAAAAUGAAGAAUUGAAAUGUGGAUCAUUCUGUCAAAGAACUUGUCAAACCUUGGAUAAACCUUGUGCUGUAGUCUUCGCAUGUGGUUGUUACUGCAAAGAGGGAUACGUGCGAGCCAAAAAUCCUUGGGAUGCAUGUAUCGAAAUAGAGGACUGUAACUAAGGGGCAAGUCUAGUGGAUAAAUAAUUACGUAACUUUAAUAUUGAUUGUUUACUUCUAUUUUU